AUGCCAAGGAAUGUGAAAAAUGCCCAGAACACCACUAUCCAAAUGAGAAGCAAGAUCAGUGCAUUCCCAAAAGUGUCACCUACCUAUCCUAUAGAGAACUCCUGGGAGCAGUUCUGGCUACUUGUACCAUUUCUUUCUCAGGAAUCACCAUUGUGGUGAUGGGGACUUUCAUCCGCUACCAAAAAACUCCCAUCGUCAAAGCCAACAACUGGGGCAUCACCUGCACCCUCCUCUUCUCACUGCUGCUGUGUUUUCUCUGCUCCUUCCUUUUUCUCGGCUACCCAGGAACAGCCGCUUGCCUCCUUCGACAGGCAGUUUUUGGAGUCAUCUUCUCCAUUGCAGUGUCCUGUGUGUUGGCCAAAACCAUCACUGUGAUUCUGGCCUUCAUGGCCACAAAGCCGGGGAAUCGCAUGCAGAGUUGGGUGGGGAAAAGGCUGGCCAUCUUAGUCAUUGUUCUAUGCUCCCUUAUUCAAAUGACCAUUUGUGCUGUGUGGCUGAGCAUUUCUCCUCCUUUCCCAGAGUUCGACAUGCACUCCCAGUUGGGUGAGAUUUUAGUACAAUGCAACGAUGGCUCAGAAAUCAUGUUCUAUGUUGUGCUGGGCUACAUGUGGCUUCUGGCUAUCGUCAGCUUCACAGUGGCCUACUUUGCUCGGAAGUUGCCCGACACUUUCAAUGAAGCCAAGCUCAUCACCUUCAGCAUGCUGGUCUUCUGCAGUGUUUGGGUGUCCUUUGUGCCCACCUACUUGAGCACCAAGGGGAAAUUCAUGGUGGCUGUGGAGGUCUUCUCCAUCUUGGCCUCAAGUGCUGGCUUACUGGCUUGCAUUUUCCUACCCAAGUGUUACAUUAUUGUGCUGAGAGCAGAGUUGAACACUAGAGAGCAGCUAGUCAGAAAAAAAGAAUGAUCUAAUCUCAAGGACAGCAGGAACAGUGGUCUAAUUCCUAGAAAUUUGUCUCUAGAGAUAACAAUCAAUGGGUCAUGGGGUUUUCGUUCAGGAAUACAUGUCUUUAUUCGCUACUUUUGUGCU